CGCGGCAGCGCCCGCCUCGCCUUCCCUCUGCUUGCAGUGAAGGCCACCAUGCCCAUCUGGGUCGUGCUGCUCUCCAGGAUCAUCAUGAAGGAGAAGCAGACCACAAAGGUGUAUUUAUCAUUAAUCCCUAUAAUUAGCGGUGUCCUGCUGGCCACGGUGACUGAACUGUCUUUUGACAUGUGGGGACUCAUCAGUGCUCUUGCUGCUACGCUUUGCUUCUCGCUUCAGAACAUCUUUUCCAAAAAGGUGUUAAGAGAUUCCCGGAUACAUCAUCUUCGGUUGCUGAAUAUACUUGGAUGCCAUGCUGUAUUUUUCAUGAUCCCAACAUGGGUUUUGGUGGACCUUUCUUCCUUCCUAGUAGAGAAUGACUUGAGUACUGUGUCUCAUUGGUCCUGGACCUUAAUGCUGCUCAUAAUCAGUGGAUUCUGUAACUUUGCCCAGAAUGUCAUUGCCUUCAGUAUUCUUAAUUUGAUCAGCCCUUUAAGUUACUCUGUUGCAAAUGCCACAAAAAGAAUCAUGGUCAUAACAGUUUCUCUUAUAAUGCUUCGAAACCCAGUUACCAGCACCAAUGUUCUUGGAAUGAUGACUGCUAUCCUAGGAGUAUUCUUGUAUAACAAGACAAAAUAUGAUGCAAACCAGGAAGCGAAGAAGCAGUUGCUUCCAAUUACAACUGCAGACCUUGUGAAUUUGGACCAUCACCUUAACACUCCAGAAAAGUCUCAGAAUGGACUCGUGGCAUUUUCACAACAUGGAGACUAUCAGUAUGGCCGAACCAAUGUUUUAACGGAUCACUUCCAGUAUAACAGGCAAAACCAUCCAACCGCAUACAACUUAAAUCGAUUUGAUAUAUAGCAUCUUGGCAAACAGGUAUAGACUGUUAUGCAAGGUUUCCCCAGCAUUAUCAGAAACUUCUGGCACAUCCAUGAAUGUAAAGCUAAAGAUUUGUACAGAUUUUGCAGAAGGGAAGAUGAUGGUGUGUGGAAAGGGGUACAGGCUUUCAUCUUCAGCUGAGCAUCUCUAAACAUGCUGCAGUUGGGUUUGACAUUGCCAGGACCUCAGUGUGAGAAUUGCACUGUACAUUUGGUUCCAAAGUGCAAGCUUGAAGCUGCAGCAUAAAUAUCUGCUGUCGUGCCAUAUAACGAAAGGUCUCAUGCCCGUCAAUAAUAUUUAAAGUCAAAUUUGGGGGGGAAGGGGAGCAUAGAGAACUGACAUGUCUCUAAAAUUCAUGUCACUGUCACAGUUUUAAUUAUUAACAAAUGGAGUAACAGAGCUAAAGGCUCUAGUCUUCACAUUCUCUGAAUCAUGAAGUCUUGUAACUUUUUCAGGAAUCAGUUUUUCCCCGACAACAUAGAAAACUUGUUGGCAAAUAAAGUAUUUGUAACAACGUGA